ACCUUAAUUCAUCAACCAAGUACACAGGAGGGUCGAAAACCAGGAGACAUUCGUCAUUCUGUGGAAUGAGUUUUGACACAUGUGGCUUAGAGUUUUAGCAAAGAUAAGUUUAGAAACUCUGUGGUUGUUGUAGCCAGAGACGGAAAAGGAAGCGAGACAGCACACACACUACUUUUUUCUGGUUCAAUGAAAGUCAAUUAACUAAAUCAUAUUUCACUUAGGGCCCCCAAAAGGCUAGGGCUAGCUCUGACUGCAUGUGUGGGUAUGGAUGUGGGUAGGUAGACCUGUGAGCCACUGCAACCCCCAUCAAAGUUGCACAUCCCUGAACUAAGUAAACCAGACCCAGCUGCUAUUUCAUUGGUGUCUAUGGGAGACACACCCAGUUAAGUAGACCGGAACUGACACAUUUAUUUCAAUUGUAAACGGCCUGAGUGAACUGUCUUUAUUUAUCCACCAACUUUGGUUUAGCCUCGCUAAAUCGAGGCUGAUCUCGCGAGUUUACAUGAAUGUCCGCUACCACAGCUGGUAAAUACGAGGAUAUCUCAACUAUAUACGUCAGUGAUCUCAACACAGCGGGACAAAUAUCUGUAAAAUGGGAAACUGCCAACCCACAAUCAUGCCAUGUGAGAACUUUGAUGUUGGGGCUGACAUAAAGGCCUUACGCAAAGCCUGCAAAGGCUUGGGCACUGAUGAACAGGUCAUCAUUGACAUACUUACUAACCGCUGUGCAGCCCAGCGCAUGGAAAUUAAACAGGCCUAUUUUGACAAGUAUGGGAAUGAGUUGGUGGAUGUGCUGAAGAGUGAGCUGGGGGGGAACUUUGAGAAUGCCGUCGUGGCCAUGCUGGACCCUCCAGUUGUCUAUACAGUGAAGGAGCUCAGGAGGGCCAUGAAGGGAGCAGGCACUGAUGAGGAUACUCUGGUGGAGAUUCUGUGCACUGCCACAAAUGCUGACAUUCACAUGUUAAAAGAAUGCUACUUUCAGGUGCACGAACGAGACCUGGAAUCAGAUAUCGAAGGGGACACUAGUGGAGAUGUGAGAAACCUGCUCACUGCUCUUUUACAGGGCACCAGAGAUGAGAGUUACGAUGUGGAUGAGGGUCUGGCUGAAGCAGAUGCCACCGCCCUGUUUGAGGCUGGUGAGGGAUGUUUUGGAACGGAUGAAUCCACGUUCAACUUUAUCCUGGCCAAAAGAAACCAUCUGCAACUUCAGGCCACCUUCAAGGUGUAUGAGCAGCUAUCUGGAACGGAAAUCCUGGAUGCCAUUGAUAAUGAGGUCUCUGGGACACUGAAGGGCUGCUACAUCACACUUGUUAGGGUUGCUAAGAACCCUCAGCUUUAUUUCGCCCGGCGACUGAAUGAAGCCAUGAAAGGAGCAGGCACUGAUGAGGACACCGUCAUCCGCAUCGUCAUAUGCCGCUCUGAGUAUGAUCUGGAGACCAUUAAAGACAUGUACCUGGAGAAGUACGACAUGUCCCUGAAGGAUGCCAUCAAAUCUGAGUGUGGUGGAGACUUCAAACGUCUCCUGGUGGCUGUCUGCCAUUGAGAGAGGGAGGGAGGGAGAGAGAGAGAGAGAGAUGUAUAGAGGGAGGAGAGAUCACAGAGUGCCUAAAAGGGACCGAGGGUGCUGCUGCUCACUCGGACAAACUAACGCUACUUACAAUCAGUUCUACUGUCCUCAAACAUGCGACAUGCUCAGAUAGGGCAGGAGGUGGAACUGGAGAUAGCUCAAAUCCAGCUGGUUCUGUUCUCCUGAUUUGGCAUUGAAGUCUAGGUGUCUCUACAAAAGUGGCAUGAGUAUACUAAAGACAGUUGUGUGCAUGUGACAUGAUUCGUUUUGAUCUAGAGGAGUGCUAGGACUAGUAUAGAGACUUAACAUACUGUACUUUAGACCAACAAUCCAUAUUACCAUUGGAACUUAUAGUGGCUCUAGUCCUUGAAGUUAUCUCUAGAUAUCAAAGUUCCUAACAUUCUCUUUGCUGCAGUGAAAUUGGCUAAGUGAAGUUCAGUAGGAUCAGGAAGGUCAGUCUGCACACAAAAAGGCAUUUGUAGGAACUGGAACGGGGUGUAGCUGGAAGAUUACAGUAGAGCAUUGUAUUGAACGUAUCAGUCUUAUACAGAUAAGACCUAUGUCCAAUACAGCAUGUACAUUUGAUAGGAUCUGUAGUGCACAGAUAUGUGGCAGUUUAUAAAUGAUUUCUAUUUCAACAUGACAUGCACUGCUGAUAAAACUGCAUUGCCUAGAGCAGUGAUAACAAAUAUUUUGACCCACCUGGUAGCUUGUGUACAAAUAUGUAAUGGUUCAUAUUUUUACCCUUGCAUUUUAAACGAGCAGCAAAACAUUUGGUCCAUGUUUAAUGAGACACUAUAUAGAUUUGAUCAAUCCAGUGCAGUAUCUUCCACCCCGAACUCCAUCUUCAGUAUUAACGAGUGUUUAGAACUGUUAGCUAGGGUAUUCAAAUAUUACCUUUAUUUAGACUACAAUAUUAUAUAUUCAAUAAAUGUGUUUACAGAUAUAGCCACAAAAAGGUGUUGGGGAAGGUAUUUGAGGCAAUGUCAGAAGGUAUGUGUUCUAAUGACACUAAGAAUAGUCAAUUGUGUGUUGCGUAACGGCAGCUGUAUUUUUAACAUAUAUUAGGCAUUUGGUCAUAUUAGAAAGUCCUGUAAUCUCAGCUGAAUAACUUGCGAUACCUGAAUUUAUAAUGCUGACUACUAAUGUGAAUUAAAUUCACGAGAGGAGAUGUUAACAGGGUUUAGACCAUGCACACCUGCCCUUAUGGAAAGAUAUGGAAUGGGGACCAAUAUUUGCCUUUGUAUCAGCCAAAGAAUAUGUUUGGUAACUUAACUACAUGACGAUUACAGAAUUAAAAUGUGUGUUUAUUAACA